CGUCUCUCCAUCACCGACGGACGUGUGUUCAUCGGCACCUUCGCCUGUAUCGACAAGGAGAAGAACCUGGUGCUUAUCAAUGCGGAUGAAUACCGGUUCGAGGAAGGGAGAUGGAUGGACAGAUAUGUCGCGAUGAUUAUGGUGCCGUGGGAUUUGGUCAAGACGGUGGAGUGUAAA